AGUUUGAAUGUUAGAACGGCCUUAUGGUCAAAGAUAAACCCAUGUAACAUCUGCUACCAAAAUGGCUAAUGCUGCUCCUACCCAGCCAGUUUUGCUGUGCCAGAAGUCUUCAGCAUCUUCUGAGAGCAUUGCUUUGAAAGGGGCGUAGUCAAAAUGCUUGACAACGGGGUCACUCCUUUCAUCUUUGCCCAAAGACUACUUAGCACAGUGAAAUGAGUCAGCAACAACAUGAGAGACAGCCAGGGGUCACCUCCCACUCAUUUCGGCCUAGAGAAAUAACCCUUGAUGAGGAUAUCUGGUCUUCACUUUCUCCUUCUUUCUCACUCUGUGUCCGUCUCAGGGUUCAGUGAGUGACAGGAAUGUCUGAGGAUUGGGUGGGCUGCCCAUUGCCCACGUUUAUCUGAUUAAGACACUGCACUCUCUCUCAUCCCGAUCCCCUGCUAGGCCCCGCUUGUACACCCGUGCUUUAGAUACCACACACUGAGCACUAGUGCAGAAGUAUACAAGUGUGAAGAGAUGAUAAUUCAAGCAGGAAGUCAUCUUCAAGGGUGUAUCUGAAAAUGGCCUGGAUUCCCGAGUUACAUAACAGAUAGGUUUCUGUAAUGUCAGACUCUUCACGCUUUCACCAGGCCUAAGCAUGCCUUGCUUACCUGACAACUGUACAAAUAUGAACCCUGGCAAUCAAAGUUAGUCUGAUGUGGGUCUCUGAGGUUUUAUAGUUUUCUGAACAGUGUACGAGUCACUUAAAAAAUAAUUUACAAAUGUGAGCGUUUAUAAGUGACUGGAUUCAUAUUUGACACUCAAAAUUGAUUCACCAGACUCAGGCCUUGAGGCUACGAUGAAACCCAGUUAGAUCAGAGUGUCUUGCCUACUGUUGUGAAUGACUCCACCUUCACAAAAUGUGCACUGGCUACAUGACUCCCCUGUCAAAAAUUCUUUCUGGUGAACACACGUUUUUAUUGUUCCCUUUAAAGUGUAGUCAUCAAAGGGUGAAGGGAGGUCCUAGCCUUUAUUCCUUCAAGUUAUUGGCACAAGCUAAUGGCACAAACAAACGUUUUCCGAAUCGUUACAUGCGUCAGAAUGACUGAACCAUACGUCAGCGCCGUUUUCGCUGUAGCAUACUUGUGAAAGCCGUUCUGACCCACUUCACUGUGUUGCAGUUUGAAGUCUUCCCAAUAGUUAUCUCUGGCCCUGCUUCUCUGAACUUCAAAAGACCAAAACAAAAGCAAAAGACACAGCAUGUCCCAGAGCAGGGAAGAAAUGACAACCAUGGUGUAUUUUUCCCAGCAUUUUACAGCACCCAUUUUCUCCCCUGUGUUCCAUGUCUGUCUUUUUUUUUCCCUGCGUUUGUCUUUCUACCGUCUGCGGGCCACAUGGGCUCUCGCCUUGUCUCCCUGGCCCCUGAUGUGGCGUCUUCCUAGUGCUGUCUUCUCAUCCCUGCCGCGUGCUACAGGCUAAUUACUGAGUCACAGCCCCUGCCGUGCUGACUCCAGCACCCACCCCUCCUCCCAUAAGACAUUAGCCCUACCCAGUCCCUCCGAGGCUCUCUGGUGGGCUCUAGACCGCCUCCUGGGUGGUGGGAGGCCCUUGAGAUCUGGAGUGUGCGGAUGUUCCGUUAUUGACUCCAGGAAGUAAAGAAAUGAUGUCACAGGCUCUUUUGGCCACAUUCAGCGGCUUCACCAGGGAGCAACAGCGGCUCUCCAUCCCAAAAGACCCCCGUCAGUGGACAGAGGCCCAUGUUAGAGAAUGGUUGACCUGGACAGUAAAUGAGUUCAGUCUGAAGAAUGUGGACUUUCAUAAAUUCAGCAUGGACGGGGCCAAUCUCUGCGCACUGGGCAAAGAGCGAUUCCUGGAUCUGGCACCAGACUUCGUGGGCGACAUCCUCUGGGAGCAUUUAGAGAUGCUGCAGAAAGAAGACCUGAAGCAUUUCCCUGUCAACGGUCUGACCUCCAGUUUCCAGGAAUCCCGCUACCCCUCCGACUACUUCUUCAACUAUGGCAUUGAACAUCCUCAGUGUGUCCCUCCGUCAGAAUACUCCGAGCCGAGCUUCAUCACCGAGUCCUACCAGACCCUCCACCCAAUCAGCUCAGAAGACCUGCUGUCGCUCAAAUACGAGAGCGAGUAUCCCAACGUUAUACUGCGAGACACGCCUCUCAAUCCACUGCAGGGAAACUACUUCUCAGUCAAACAAGAAGUUGUGUCACCCGACAACAUGUGUGUGGGUCGCAUUAGCAGAGGUAAGCUGGGAGGUCAAGAUUCGUUUGAGAGCAUUGACAGUUUCGAGAGCUGCGACAGACUGACACAGUCCUGGAGUAGUCAGUCGUCAUUCAACAGCCUACAGAGAGUUCCCUCCUACGACAGCUUCGACUCGGAGGACUAUCCCACCGCACUGCAUGGACACAAACCAAAGGGUACCUUCAAAGACUACGUACGAGAGCGCUCGGAACUCAGCAAGGACAAACCGGUCAUCCCGGCGGCUGCACUCGCUGGCUACACAGGCAGCGGACCCAUCCAACUCUGGCAGUUUCUGUUGGAGCUCUUGACAGACAAAUCCUGCCAGUCCUUCAUCAGCUGGACUGGAGACGGCUGGGAGUUCAAGCUUUCUGACCCUGAUGAGGUGGCACGCAGAUGGGGCAAGAGGAAAAACAAGCCCAAGAUGAACUACGAGAAGUUGAGUCGCGGUUUGCGCUACUACUACGACAAAAACAUCAUCCACAAGACGUCCGGCAAGCGCUACGUCUACCGCUUUGUGUGUGACUUGAAAAGCCUGCUGGGAUACACUCCCGAAGAGCUGCACACCAUGCUAGACGUGAAGCCCGACACGGAUGAGUAAACUUCGGACUUUGGAAAUAAUAAAAAAAAAAAGUCCCUCACAGACCCUGGAAAGAAAACGGGGCGUCCAUUUUUGGGUCCAAUCACAUUCCAUCUUAACACUUAGUCGUGGUCCAGCCUUGUUUCGAGCUCACACGGGACAAAAAAAAGAGGAAGCGUCAAAACGUUCACCAAAGUUUAGAAUCCGUAGACUUUGCGCGUCUGUAUUGUUUAUAGCUCUGCAGGAAGCGAAAACUCGAAGUCCAGGUCGACCCAGUAGCACAAACACUGGGAAGGAACAGAGGACAAUGAGACGGACAUGUCUUGGACUGAACGCUCCAGUUAUUAAACACGUUGCCAAAAUUAGAGACAAGAGGAAUAUCGCAGAAAUAUUAACGAUUGAGUUUCUGUCUCCUCGCAUACCCAACCACGAGGAAGAGUUCUCAGCCGGACCAAAAUAACAAAAAGUGUUUUAUUUUUUUGAUAGUUUCUAUAUGUGUCAGUAUUAAUUUGUCGUAUUGCGAUGCUGUCCGGACAGAGAUUGCGCCGUUUUGUACGUUUUCAUAUGAAGGUUUAUUGAAGUCAAACUGUGCUUAGAUAGUCUCUCCGCUUCUUUCAAGAUCACGGUUGGUUACGGCUUGCUCUUACCUCAAUGUCCAUAGCUGAAAACGCAGUUUUUGAUCACCAGAUCAAAAUAGAUACCAGAGUCUCGCCCUUUUCAGUUGAAAGAGACGUAACUCAGUCAAACUGAGAGUGUGAGUGAGAGACGCAAAUGAAAGCGGCCGUUGGCUUCUCAACGGUGACACGCUUGUGGUGAAAACGAGGUGUCGUUUUAUCACUUGUAUUAAGACAAAAGACAUCAGACGCUUCUUGUCUCGGUUUGUUUGUACGUGAAUGGUUUUUCAUAAAGUUUUGCCUUAAUAUAGCACACCGUCUUUAUGAACAUGCUGUGUUUUCUCAAGGUUGACUGAAACUGAAAUGUCACUCAACCGGGCCUCAAACGGUUUAGACUGAACCAAAAGCCAUAAAGCGAGGCCUUUUAACUUUGAGAAAGACGUGGCCAAGUUAGCCAUGUUGAAAAAAGUGCACGCUUCAGCAUGCAUCUGGAUUGGCAAAGAACGUGAGAUGGAUAUCGCAGCAGAAACCAAGGAUCUGUUGGGCUGCGUUCAAGUUCGAGAUGGUUUGCGAAAGUAUUACUGUUAAUGGUUAAUGUAAGGUUAAGAUAGGAGGAAGACCAGAUCAUGCUGAGACUUAGGCAGCUUUAAAGAUGAUGGCGUGUGCUACGACUGGCCAACAAACGUCACAAGAUCCAACAUGGGAGUAAGUUUCACAAUGGCUCAGAUAAAUGCAGUAUUUUGCAUUGAAUGAGUAGACUGAAUGGAGGUCAGAUUCAAUUUGUGUGUUCUUCAGCCCAGCGUUUCACUGUGUGGGAAGGGUCUCGUACACAAGACCUUGUGGGAAAAGCCAAAGUAAAGAACGUUCUUCUAAGAAAACAAACCGUAUUGUUUACAGUGGCAGAACGCUACCCAUCCUGAUUGGUGUAGCUUCGGAAUUGUCUAUUUUUACAGAUAACAUUUCAUAAAACGGCUAGAUUUAACAAUAAACUGGGAACACAUUCAUGAGAGCUCAGAAUAUGUCUUUAAUUCAGAGAUGAGCUGGUUUCAGUCGCAACCGUCCUGCCGUGAACAACAACAACAGACGUGCUACAUCACCCAGUUUAUAGUGUUAAAAAAACCGAAACCACAACCCGAAAGCCAACGGCAUGUUACAUGACUUUUAUUUUGUAUUUUUAUUUGACAAGGUCCAAAUCAUGAUGCAGUCUUUGUCCUGAUUGUAAAAGUGAUGCAUUUUGUGUGAAAAUUAACUUUUGACAGAUACAUGCAUGUUCAUAUUGACGAGUGUUGUUUUUAUUUCCCCACAAUUUUGCCUUAUUUUGUAUGUUUUAUAUUUCUGUAUUUGUUUU